UUCAUAUGUUUCAAAUUGAAUUUGAAACCUUUUAAUUUGAAAAUCCUUCUUCGGAAGUGUUGUUGUUUGGCCCUCUGGCUUGCUUUACAGUGAAAUAAAAACCAAGCUAAGAGCAGGCAGGGCUUCGUGGGAUGGGAACAGAGCAGUGCCUCCGAGUGUUUCCAGGCUGUGACAGUUUAUUACAACUGAGAACACCCAGAGGAGAACUAUUAGAGCCGAUGAGGACCAGAGGAGAGACGAACGACCACGACACGGGAGUGCUAAUGGAAGCGGUGAAGUGAGAAGAGUCCAAGAGCGCCGACUGUGUCAGGUUCAAAAGACACUAAAAGCAUAAUGGCACUGCUCUUGUGGGUCGGCCUGUCGCUGCUGCUGGCUGUCCAGUCUGGUGCGGUCAGGAACUGCCACCCCAGCUGUCACUGUGAGGUGGAAAGCUUCGGGCUCUUCGACAGUUUCAGCCUGACCAGGGUGGACUGCAGAGGCAUGGGUCCCACUGUCUCCAUGCCCAUUGCCAUUCCUUUGGACACUGCCCACCUGGACCUGUCGUCCAAUGAUAUGGGCCCUCUCAGCGAUGCCAUGUUAGCCGGUCCAGGCUACACCACGCUAAUUAGUUUGGACCUCAGCAGCAACAAAAUUACUAAGGUUAGCCCCAGUGCAUUGUCCAAACUGCGAUACCUGGAGAGUUUGGAUCUCAGCUACAACAAUCUGGAGAGUCUGUCUCCAAGCUGUUUCUCGGGCCUCCCUCUGGCCGAGGUGGACCUCAGUCACAACAGUUUCCAGGAGUUUGACAUGGCUGUGUUCGCUGCUAAAGUGAACGGUGAACCUGUCAGCGUGGAUCUGUCCCAUAACAAGCUUGUGUCAGUCUCUGCUACCUUGCAUGGAAGAGCUUUACAUAUUCAGAGUGUCAAUUUGUCAGUGAACCAGCUGGUUAACGUACCAAACAUGGCGGGACUUCCGCUGAGGUACCUAAAUCUGGACGCUAACCCAAUCCUCAAAAUUAAGACGGGAGCCUUUGCUCAGCUGAAAGAUUUGGUUUAUUUAUCCCUCAGUGGCCUCGGUGAACUUCAUGAAAUUGAGCCGCAUAGCUUCAGCGAUCUCCAGAACUUGCAAGUUCUGGACCUCUCGAAUAAUUCAAAACUUAAGAAUCUAAGCCCUGCAGUCUUCUGUGGACUAGAUUCUCUGCAGGAGCUCAACUUGUCUGGCUCUGGUGUGACUUCUUUGCCAACUAACAUGUUGAGCCACCUUCCCAGCAUCAAGAGUAUCACUCUUGGACAAAGCAUCCACUGCUGGAGGACUCAAAAACAGGGACAGUUCCACCGACAGAUGGGGCAAGUCCAGCAUAACGACGAGCUGCACUGUAACGUAGACGGCAUUGUGUUGUGAGACCAGGCGUCAGGAAAUGGGCCACUCCUAUCGCUCUCGCUCAGUUAAAUCUGUUCUCUGGUGAUACUGUGGAUCAUACCUUAUCAUUUUUAUGUAGCUUUGAAAAAACUCUGGACACUUUAUAAUGCUUGCUGUAUUUUUAGCAGCACAGGCCAACUUCUUCAGUGUUUUAAUACAUUUCACUUUUUAAAACCGCAUCAUGAAUUAAUUUUAACAUGUUAGAGUCAUAUUUUUCAUUUCAUUGGAUUGUCUUAAGAUCUACUUGAACUUAGUCCAAAUGUGGUAUUUUCUUUAAUAUUGUACUUAUACUAGUCAGAAAUUGACAGAUAUUGUUACCAUUUAACCACUAAGAGUACGCAUAAGACUUUGAAUGUCUGGAUGAGUGGGGCGAUUUUGAACUUGAUUAGACUUUCUUUUUUCUUAACAGUUUGUUUUUCUAUAUGCUGUGUUCAAUUUACCUCGGAUUUCUGAACUUAAAUUAUUUUUGUCACAACCAGGCUGGCCACUAUAAGCAAUACAAAACAUACAAACACAUUUCUCUUUAUUCUAUGCAUUUCAAAAUAAAAUAAACACACAAAUGCAAAUUGUACACUACUGGUAAAAUAUAAAACAUCCACAGUGCAAAUAAACCAUUUUAUUCCUGCUACUUUCAUAAUAUCUUCUGUUCCCAACAGCCAUGUUGGGUCUGAAUUUAGUAUUUAUAACGCAGAAAUUUACAACUCAGAAAUUCUGACAUCCGAGGACAAAUUGAAUGCAUCGUUUGAUUGAAGUUACCACCAGACCUUGCUAUCUCAUCUUGGUUUAACUUAGCAGUUAUUUUAGCUUAAUCAUUCUGGUUGAAUGAUUACCAUACAAUAGGUAAUGUCUGAAAGGUUGUCCACUUUUCGUCUUACCCUGUUGAGCCUUAAAGCUGCAAUGCACAGUGUUUUGGGAUAUCUAUUGUUUAAAAAUCUUUAAAAUUAAGAAAAAAAAAAAUCAGCUGUAGUGUUCUAGCCUUACAAUGAACAAUGUUGUUCCUUGUUUGUACUGUGACCCGGGCAAAUUUACAGGAUCUGACUUAUAGGAUGUUCAGUCAGGUGUUACUCUGCUGGUUGAGGUUGAUGUUUUGGUUCCCAAUUAUUCCAGUUUUCAUGCUGACCUGUUAAACUACUAAACACCAUAUUGUAAGUCACUUUGGAUGAAAACCUUCCUCUAAACGAAUGUACGUUAUUGAAUGUAAUAUAACAGUUGCAGUCUAUUUCAAGACUAACUAACCUCUGCAGUAGGCAUGGUCAGCAUAAGAUCAAUUUGAUAACCUUGUAUUAAGCUACUACAAAGCCUAGUAUUUAUGUGAAAAAUUCAAACACAAGUGUUACACAAGAUAACUUGAACAUUAACUUAACAAACACCCUCCAAAUUUGUAAUUUUCUCCUGGUUUUGCAGGAGACAAUUGGGCACUGGGCCGUGAAUAUACUGCAUCCUGAUUGACUCUGUUUCCUCUCCAACAAAUUAAUCAGUCAAAUGAUUCAUUUUGAUUUAUGCUUUAUUUUAACUUUGACCAAAAUUCAGUCCAAUCUCAAAACUGAACAGAUUGCAUGCUCAAACCUCUGGCACUUUCUCAAACAUCCUGUUAAAAUGUAUUAUUUCAAAUUUUAGUUUUUUUUUUUUUAUUUUAUUGUAACAUUUUAAACUGUGUAGCAUUUAUUUCAAGCCUCAUAAGCUGCCUUUUGUAUUUUGCCACAACAAAUAUUAAACUGUAGAUUUAAUGACCAAAACUUAUUUUUUGCUUUGUUUGAAGUCCAUGUUCUCUGACCAUUUCAUUACUUUGCCACUGUUCUUAUUGAUCUUACGGUUUUUUUUUUCUGCUGAAAUGGCACAGCAGGCGUAAACAAGGUCAGAACUAGUUGACCAAAAGUAAGCCUUGAUUUACUCUCAUGCUCUUUAUUGACCAAGUUUAGUUUCCCUGGACAAAUUGGACCACUACCAGUUUAUCACAUUUUUUGUAUGCAAGUUAUUUUUGUUUUGUGUGUUGAUGCACAUGUGUAAACUUGCCUUGAUAUUCCUUUUGAAUUAAGAGGAGAAUCGGUCUCAAGAACUGUUGUAGAGACUGGAAUCAGCCUUUAAACUGUCCACUUUAAUGAAAACGUUUUAGUUUAAAGAUCUAUAUUUGUAUGAAUGUAAGUAAACUGUACAUAACCAUAUUAAUAUGUAAAUCUUAUGUGUAAUAAAUUGACUCCUCUCACACUGUGAA